GUAAGCGAGCAAGCCGAAAGAAAUCUCAGAUUCUUCGAACAGAAGAAAAACAACUCUCAAUUAUCGAUAAUUUUAGCGAAUGAUUUAAUGUCCCUAAAGGAUCAGGAGUGGAAAGGGCCCGUAAAACAGUCAACGAACCAAAUCAUGGAUGGAAAUUUGCAGCCGAUUUCAACAUUGUCUGGUCAUCACGACCGCGUUUGGUGCGUUUCGUGGAAUCCGACCGGCACACUUCUGGCGAGCUGUGGAGGUGACAAGACGGUCAGAAUCUGGGGCAAAGAAGGUGAUAAUUGGAUCUGUAAGAAGAUCCUCCAGGAUGGCCACACAAGGACCAUCCGACGUGUUGCCUGGUCACCUUGCGGUCAGCUGCUGGCCUCGGCAGGCUUCGAUGCCCAGACCUGCAUCUGGGAUCGUCGGAGCGGAGAGUUUGAGUGCAGUGCCACCCUAGAGGGCCAUGAGAAUGAGGUGAAGAGUGUGGCUUGGUCACAGUCUGGCUCACUCCUAUCAACGUGCAGCAGGGACAAAAGUGUUUGGAUAUGGGAAGUUGACCAAGAAGACGAUGAUUACCAGUGUGCCAGUGUACUCAGCAUUCAUACUCAAGAUGUGAAGAAUAUCGCCUGGCAGCCUGGACGUGAGAUCUUGGCAUCCUGCAGCUAUGACAACACUAUCCGGUUGUUCCACGAGGAAGACGAUGACUGGAGCAGCUUUGAGACCCUUGACGGUCACGAGUCCACGGUAUGGGCCAUCAGUUUCGAUAAGACCGGUUCCAGGCUGGCUUCUUGCAGCGAUGACAAGACCGUCAAGAUCUGGCAGGAAUAUCAACCAGGAAAUCCUGAAGGUGUCGUUACAUCAGGGAGCAUGCCUUCUUGGAAGUGCGUUUGUACUCUUUCAGGAUACCAUUCCAGAACUAUCUUUGACAUCAAUUGGUGUCAUCAAACUGGUCUGAUCGCAACCUGUGCAGCAGAUGACAGCAUCCUCAUCUUCAAGGAGAAUGAAUCAGUCCAAGACAGGCGGAACCAACCAACCUUUGAUCUUGCAAUCAGGACAAGCAGAGCUCACACUGAGGAUGUCAACAGCAUAUGCUGGAACCCUAAGCAGCCAGGACUCCUGGCAUCAUGUUCUGAUGAUGGCUCGGUGAAACUAUGGCAGUACGAUGCAGAGUUGUCUUGAUAUUUUGUGAGCCAUUGACUGAACAUUCUCUGCAGAAGUGACUGUAUUUGAGAUAUCCUGUGAUUGAAAGCUUCUCAUGCCUUGUUGACUUCUUCAGAUUGACUUUGGGCAUUUCAAGAUGAUGAUGAUGAUGAUGAACAGCUUUUGUAUAUUCUAAAAAUUUAUCAGAGGCUUUAUUUCUGCUAAAUUCAUCUGUUAAGAAUCACUAUAAUUACAGCUUUUGUAUAUUGCUGCGCCUGAAUCGUGACAGCAUGAGAAUCAUGAGAAUAAGAGAACUGGUGACUUUGCUGUAUAAGUGAAAACAUCCUGAAAAUAUAUCCGUGCACCAAAACACUGGCUUAUAAGGAUGGACAAUUUAUCGGUAUCCUAAGAAAAUCACAUGUAUGGAGUUUUGUCGGGUGGGAACAAUGAGUAAAACUACAGUUAUUCUGUAUCCCAAAGUUAACAUUGGUAGCUACCCCUUGCAUGAUGCCAUACUGGGGUGUUUUGAAUCACGAAUCAAUGUUUGAAAUGACCAAAGUAUUAAAACGUUCAUUGUUUUAUCAGGAUUAGAAUCCAUCGUCUAUUCUUUGUUGGAUGAACCCCAUAUUUCAGUACUAAUAAUUAUGAAAUAAAUGAUUUUUG